AUGAAAGGGAAACGCGGCCGUCGCGCCGCAUCCGACGCGCAGUGCGCACUGCCGCCACACGCCGCGCGCGACCACAGCGACACGAGUCGGCCCUGUGCGAAGGAGCUCUUCCGCAUGCUCCACGACGCCAAUGCGCCUGCGCUGGGCGUCUGCCCCGCCGGCCGCGUCACGCUGUGGAACCCCCGCAUGGAGGACAUUACGGGCUUUGAAGCAGAGCGUGUGAUUGGCCAUCCCCUGGCGGAGUUCGUGUACGGCAUGCGACGGAAACAGGAGAUCGUGGAGAUUCUCAAGACCUGUGUGGCCGCUGAGCGACCGGAGCUCGAGCUGCGGCUGCCGCUGCUCACGACCACGGGCCGCAACGCCCAAGUGCUGACCAACAUGACGCCGCUGCUGGCCGAAGACGGCUCGUGUGUCGGCGUCUACGGCGUCGGUCAAGACGUGACCGAGUGGGCGAGUCAGGAGAAGCAGUACGCGACCGUGAUGAUGCAGGCGAACGCGCCCAUCAUUGAGCUCGACAAAGAAGGCAACAUCACUGUGUGGAACUCCAAGACGGCGUCCAUGACGGGGUACGCGAGCGUCGAUAUGGUGGGCGAACCGCUGCUGCCCGUCGUGGACGAGAGUUUCCGCAAGAUUGUGUCGGAGAAGAUCAACCAGGCGCUGACUGGCACGCCAGGAGCUGACUUUGAGCUGCCGCUGAUGACAGCAAGAGGGUCCCGCGUGGAGAUUGUGCUGUGCUUGACGCCGCGGUUUGACACGCUGGGGUCAGUCAUGGGCGUCGUGGCGAUUGGACAGGAUGUGACCGAGAGAAACACGAAAGAGAUGGAGUACAGGAAACUGAUUGAGACGGCGAAUGCGCCGAUCUUUGGCGUCGAUACGAAAGGAAGAGUCGUGAUCUUCAAUGCAAAGGCAGCGCAGAUCAGUGAGUACACGCCAGAAGAGGUCAUGGGCGUCGAUCUCGUUGAUACGCUGAUCUCGGAAGAGUUUCGGCCUGCAGUCGCUGCUGUUUUCCAGAGUGCCUUCCAGGGAACGGAGACGGCAAAUUUUGAGUUCCCGUUGGUCACCAAGACGGGUCGAAAAGUGGAGAUCCUGCUGAACGCAACACCUCGAUAUGAUCAUACAGGUAAACUCGUGGGCGUGGUUGGUAUUGGCCAGGACAUCACCGACCGUAUCAUUCAGGAGAAGGAGUACAGCCGCCUCAUUGACACCGCAAAUGCACCCAUCUUUGGCAUUGACUGCAACUACAAAGUGAUAAUCUGGAACAAGAAGGCAGCCGCAAUCACAGAGUACACGAACGAAGACACUAUCGGCCAGGAGUUGUUCAAGUUCAUAUCCGAGGACUACCGUGAUGCUGUUACGAAAGUGUUUUCUAGAGCGCUCGAAGGGACUGGCACCGCAAACUUUGAUUUCCCACUGAUCACGAAAAGCGGGCGUCGACUUGAAAUUCUGCUGAAUGCAACGCCAAAGUACGACCACUUUGGCAACAUCAGCGGAGCCGUGGGCAUUGGCCAGGACAUUACAGACAGGCGUGCUCAGGAGCAGGAGUACACUCGUCUCAUCGAUACAGCUAACGCGCCGAUCUUCGGUGUGGACGCGAAUGGUUGCGUGAACAUCUGGAACCGAAAAGCCGCUGACACAACCCAGUACUUCAAUGAAGAGGUACUUGGGGCUAACUUGGUCCAGAACUUUAUUCCGGAAGAUUAUCGAGAGGCAGUGUGGACGGUACUCUCGCAAGCACUGGAAGGACAAGAGACGGCGAAUUUCGAGUUCCCGCUGAUCACGAAGGAUGGACGUCGCGUGGAGAUUCUGCUGAAUGCCACACCUCGAUACAACGAAAAAGGUGUUGUAAUUGGCGUCGUCGGUAUCGGACAGGACAUCACCAUUCGAAUGGCUCAGGAGCAGGAGACAAAUCGGCUUAUCCACUCAGCGAAUGCUCCGAUAUUUGGUGUGGAUCAAGAUGGGCGAGUGAACAUUUGGAACCUCAAAGCAGCAGAAAUCACUCAGUAUUCUGCCGAAGAAGUCGUGGGAAAAGACUUGGUCAACCGAUUCGUUGCCGAAGAGUAUAGAGCUACAGUCGAGUUGGAGCUCAAAAGAGCGCUCGAAGGAGAACAGACUAACAAUUUCGAGUUCCCUCUCAUUACUAAGACAGGGAGGCGGGUCGAGAUCUUGCUGAAUGCAACACCCAGAUAUGAUGAGCUCGGACAAAUCUUUGGUGUUGUAGGCAUCGGCCAAGACAUUACGGAACGGAUUGCGCAGGAGCAGGAGCUCAUUCGCUUGAUUGAUACCGCCAACGCCCCGAUUUUUGGCGUUGACUCGAAAGGGCGUGUUGACAUUUGGAACAAAAAGGCUGCCGAGAUUAUGCAGUAUCCGGCCGAUGCCGUCAUGGGCGAGCACCUCGUGGAAAAGUUUAUUACGAAAGAUUACCAGGAGGCAGUGAGCUAUGUGUUAUCGGAAGCCUUGGAUGGUGUUGAAACUGCGAAUUUCGAGUUUCCAUUGAUCACAAAAGCAGGUCGGAGAGUUGAGAUCCUCCUGAAUGCUACGCCACGGUACAAUGAACACGGAGCCGUCAUUGGCAUGGUUGGAAUCGGACAAGAUAUCACGGACCGGAUUGCUCAGGAGCAAGAAUACAUGAGGCUAAUCGAUACUGCCAAUGCACCGAUAUUUGGCGUGGACUCUGACGGGCGUGUCAAUAUAUGGAAUCGCAAAGCAGCUGAUAUUACGCAGUAUACGAACAAGGACGUAUUGGGUAAGGAUCUUGUCGCCGAGUUCAUAUCCGAAGAGUACAAGGUCCCUGUUCGCUACGUGUUGGAGAAAGCCUUUCGAGGCGAAGAGACAGCCAACUUUGAGUUCCCUCUGAUUACAAAAUCCGGUCGUCGGGUCGAAAUUUUGCUGAACGCCACUUCGCGCUAUAAUGAACAAGGCGAGGUCAUGGGCAUGGUCGGAAUCGGCCAAGAUAUCACGGAUAGGAUUGCUCAAGAGAAGGAGUAUAUGCGCUUGAUCGACACGGCCAAUGCGCCGAUCUUUGGCGUCGACUCCAAUGGUUUAGUGAACAUCUGGAAUCGGAAGGCUGCUGACAUUAUGCAGUACACUACUGAAGACGUGUUAGGCGAGGACCUGGUGGCGGAAUUCAUCUCGGAGGAGUACCGCGUCGCUGUCAGACGUGUUUUGGAAAAGGCGUUUGAAGGCGUCGAGACGGCCAACUUUGAGUUUCCGUUGAUCACAAAGGCUGGUCGGCGUGUUGAGAUCUUGCUGAAUGCCACGCCUCGGUACAAUGAGCACGGCGAGGUGAAGGGUAUGGUUGGCAUUGGCCAGGAUAUUACCGAACGCAUUGCACAAGAACAGGAGUACAGCCGUCUGAUAGACACGGCCAAUGCCCCGAUUUUUGGCGUGGAUGCCAACAUGUGCGUGAAUAUCUGGAACCGGAAAGCAGCACAGAUUACGAACUACUCGAUCGAGGAGGUUAUGGGCGAGAACCUGGUGGAAACGUUCAUCUCUCCAGAGUUCCGGCCCAUUGUCGCUGAAGUGUUGUCGCAGGCACUGAGGGGUGUUGAAACUGCAAACUUCGAGUUUCCGUUGAUAACGCGUCCAGGCACACGAAUUGAGAUCUUACUGAACGCGACGCCACGGUACGAUUCAAACGGCAACAUUGUGGGUGUUGUCGGGAUCGGUCAAGACAUUACUGAUCGCAUUGCUCAGGAGCACGAGUAUUUCCGACUGAUUGAUACUGCCAAUGCUCCGAUCUUUGGUAUCGACACAAACGGUUGCAUCAACGAGUGGAACCAGAAGAUUGAGGAGAUUACAGGCUACCACAAGUCAAGCGUGCUGGGGCUUUCGCUUGUUCACACAUUCAUUACACCAGAAAGUCGACAACAAGUUCGCCAGCUGCUUAACCAAGCACUGAUCGGCAUUGAUGUCGGUGAGAUGGAGCUCCCAAUGACAACGAAGCGUGGUGUCUUCUUGCUACUUCUUGUGAACGCGUCGAGUAAGAAAGACAUGCAUGGAAACAUCCGUGGUGUGAUCGGUGUUGGACAAGAUUACACCGCAAGAAAGCAUAUGGAGGCUGCUAAGGUGAAUUUCUUGGCCUCUUUCAGCCACGAGUUGCGAACGCCGCUGAACGGUGUAUUGGGAAUGCUGGAAUUGCUGAAAGAGCAGCCACUGGACAAGGCUCCAGAGCGAUACGUACACAUGGCGUACGUAUCCGGGUCGCUCCUGCUGAACCUGAUCAACGAUAUUCUGGACUUGUCGAAGAUUGAGGCCGGUCAUUUGGAAAUCUCUGCUGCACCUUUCCGAAUGCAUGAGCUACUUGACUAUUCGAUCGAGAUAUUCAAGUUCAAGGCUCGAGAGCGCGGACUUAAGCUUGAGCUAAAAUGCGACGACAGUGUUCCCAAAGUUGCAAUUGGCGACGUUGUGCGUCUGCGUCAAGUGCUGUUGAACUUGCUGUCGAACGCGAUCAAGUUUACGAAUGAAGGCUCGAUUACUGUCACGUGCAGUGUUGUGUAUACCCCCGAACUUCCAAAGGCAUUCAAGAAGCUGCUUUUCCAAGUUAUUGAUACAGGGAUCGGCAUGGACGCGGAGGAAAAGAUGCGGCUAUUCUCGCUGUUUACGAAGCUGGAGCGCACGCGGCAGAAUAAUCCUACAGGUUCUGGACUAGGCCUCGCAAUUUGCAAGCAGCUCGCAGAGCUUAUGGAUGGCCAAAUCGGUGUGGACAGCGAACUUGACGUAGGCAGCAACUUUUACUUCACGGUGGUGGUUCGAUUGCUGGACAGCACCGAUACUAAGGGGCUACUCUAUGCGGCAAACGACCUGCUAUCGGACGCUUCUAUUUCUGAGCCUUCCGAUAUGGCUAUUUUGAAUGCGGACUCAGGUGAUAGCUCAGCGAAUGUCGCUGCCGGAAGUGCAACGGGAGCAAACAACGCGAAGAUUGUGGUUCCUCGGCAGGCUAGGAUAUUGGUUGCGGAAGAUAACGAGUUCAACUGGGAAGUUGUAAAGUGUUUUCUGCAAGAUGCGGAUCACCUUUUGCAAUGGGAAGUGAACGGUCAAGAUGCGGUCAACGCUUACACGGAGGAUCACACGAAGUUUGACUUGGUCUUUAUGGACUGCGAGAUGCCUGUGAUGGAUGGAUACACGGCUACAAAAAUGAUCCGUCAAUUUGAACAAGAAAACGGUAUACCGCGUAUUCCCGUUCUAGGCCUAACGGCUUACGCCAUGAGUGGAGACCGGCAGAAAUGCUUGAGCUCAGGCAUGGACGAAUUCAUGGUGAAGCCCAUUUCGAAGAACAGUUUGCUCAAGGCGAUACGACAGUGGAUGCGGGUUCGCUACCUGGGUUCUAAGUCCUCUGGUUCAUCGGUCGCUGGAUCAGACGAUUACACUCGUGCAAGGUCCGAGGGCUUAAACGCUUACAUGAUUGCUGCAGCACCAGGUUUCGUGUCUCCACCAGCGUCAUCUAGAGGGGACGAGUUAGACCUUGCGCUGUCAUCAUACCCGGCUACUUCACUGACACCGUGUCCGUCAUGCGACAGCGAAGCUGACGAUGGAGAUCUCUUCAACGCGCCUCUGAUUCCAGAUACUAGACUCGCGCCUGCCUCGCGUCACAUGCAGCAGCUUGAUCUCGCGCGUGCGAUCUCGAAUUUGGAGCUGGAUGACCCCAUGGCUAUUGGACGUCAGAUAGGCCCUACUGUGCGCACUGCAGUUCCUACAACAUCGAUCUUUAGCUUGGGCUCAUCGGUGGGGAACAGCACGCGCUCUAGCAGUCUUUUGACUCUUCAGCGUGACAACGGUGGGGCCAUCGUUAGCAUUCCUGACUGGAAGCAGAUCAACAAGACAUCCGCGACCUUGCCGAACAUGAAGGACCAGCCGCUAGAUGGCACAGAGACUUCAGAUUACGUGUCCUCUCACAGCAAUCCAACACUCUGGAGCCACCCGCCUUUCAUGUGCAGCAAAAACGAGUCCGUGCCAUCGUCUUCGUCCUCUCAGCGACCUGGGUCACCAAGUAUUGUUCCAGACGACAAGGGCUCUCGGAGCAAAUUAGCGGCCGAAGAAGGCCGGAAUGGAAGUGACUUGCAGCGCUUUACUUUGGACAAGAGCGUGGGUGAGCAUUCGUCAGGCGAUCCCAUUGCCGCGAUGCUACAGUGCCUGAACACGAGCAGUCCAGCUUCUAGAUGUGACGCUAUAGGCGGCCCACCUAGCACCGACCACGCGACAGGCAUUGCCGCAGAAAGCGACGCCGCAAUGCGCUUAUCGACGGGUCCAGCCAAUAUUGACAUUCCCGAGGGUGACCCAGUCGACUAUUCGCUAGGUGUCGAGCAAUGCGGCGGUCACGAAGAGCUCUUUUUGGGUCUGCUGGAGAAGUUCACUGUGAGCUGCGAUGCUAUCAUGUCGCGCAUCGUAGCAGCCUACGAUCGAGACGAUAUUGCAACUACUCGACGAGAAUCUCAUUCGCUGAAAGGGUCUUCAGCGUACGUCGCUGCAAUGCGUGUUUCGAAGGCGGCGUUUCGCGUUCAAACUGCAUGUGAGCAGCUCCAGAAGUAUGAAACGGAAGUUGGCGCAAAUCAGCAGCUGACGGCAUCACCCGACGCGACGGCACGGCUGUCCCUGAAGCAGUCAUUGAGCGAUUCGAUCACCGUGCUCAAGAAAGAGCACAGACACUUGCGUGGAUACCUCCGCCGCAACUUCGAGUUUCGUGGCGACGGCACCGCUUCCUCCGUUGCAGCCUUGCCAGCCCAAGACUCAGCGCAAGACCGUGCGAAUGGACCUUGUGGAGUCAUGUAA